AUGAAUGAGAGUAACUUACACCAUCUCUCAGAGUUGAGGAUUGUGUUAAUGGGUUAUAAAGGAGCAGGAAGUUCAGCAGGAAACAUCAUUCUGGACCGAAAGAGGUUCGGCUUGACAGCAACUGCUCAAUGCGUCAAGAGUGAUAGAGAAGUAGCAGACAGACUACACAUCACUGUCAUAGACGCUCCAGGAUGGUGGAGUACUGUACCUGUUGAUCAGUGCUCUGAGUUACUGAAACAAGAGAUUUUACUCAGUGUGUCUCUGUGUCCUCCAGGACCUCACCCUGUACUAAUGGCUAUACGUGUGGACACUAGAUUUAGGGAGAAAAACAGGAAAGUAUUUCAGGGGUAUGUUGAACUUCUUAGUGAGAGAGUCUGGAGUCACACUAUAGUGCUCUUCACAUGUGGAAACCUUUUGAGAGACAGAACCAUAGAGCAACACAUUGAGAGUGAAGGAGAGCAUCUCCAGUGGCUGGUGGAGAAAUGUGGGAACAGAUAUCAUGUUCUCAACAGUAUGAACAGGAGUGAUGACACUCAGAUCAAAGCUCUGCUGGAGAAAAUAGAAGAGACAGUGACACAAAACAAUGGCUGCCAUUUUGAUACAGUAAAGUUUAUACAGGAGAUAGAGGAGAGAAGAAGAGCAGAGAAAGAGAGAGCAGAAGAACAAAUGAAGAGGAUGCAGAAGUCAAGAGAGGCCAAUAGAUCAAAGAAAGGUGACACUGAGAAGCUCUCAGAGUUGAGGAUUGUGUUAAUGGGGUCUAGAGGAGCUGGAAAGAGUUCAUCGGGAAACAUCAUCCUGAACAGAGAAGAGUUUGACCUGAAGAGAACUGCUCAGUGUGUGAAGAGACAGAGAGAAGUAGCAGACAGACACAUCACUGUCAUAGAAGCUCCAGGAUGGUGGAAGAAUAAACCUGUAGAAGAGAGCCCUGAGUUACUGAAACAAGAGAUUUUACUCAGUGUGUCUCUGUGUCCUCCAGGACCUCAUGUUGUUCUUCUGGUUAUAUGUGCAGACAUUAGAUUUAAAGAUGCUGAGAGAAAAGUAUUUCAGGGGUAUGUGGAUCUUCUCAGUGAGGGAGUCUGGAGUCACACUAUAGUGCUCUUCACUCAUGGAGACUUUCUAGGAGACACAUCUAUAGAGCAACACAUUGAGAGAGAAGGAGAGGAUCUCCAGUGGCUGGUGGAGAAAUGUGGGAACAGAUAUCAUGUUCUCAACAAUAAGAACAGAAGUGAUGACACUCAGAUCAAAGAUCUGCUGGAGAAGAUAGAAGAGACAGUGAUGAAAAACAACGGCUGCCAUUUUGAAAUAGACAGAAAGAUUUUACGGGAGCUGGAGGAGAAAAGAAGAGCAGAGGAAGAGAGAGCAGAAGAACGAGUGAAGAGGAUGAAGAAACAGAGAGAGAUGAUCAGAUCACAGAUGAGUGAGAAGCUCUCAGAGUUGAGGAUUGUGUUAAUGGGGUCUAGAAGAGCUGGAAAGAGUUCAGCAGGAAACAUCAUCCUGAACAGAGAAGAGUUUGACCUGAAGAGAACUGUCCAGUGUGUGAAGAGACAGAGAGAAGUAGCAGACAGACACAUCACUGUCAUAGAAGCUCCAGGAUGGUGGAAGAAUGUUCCUGUAGAUCAGAGCUCUGAGUUACUGAAACAAGAGAUUUUACUCAGUGUGACUCUGUGUCCUCCAGGACCUCAUGUUGUACUACUAGUUGUACAUGUUGACACUGGAUUGAAAGAGGAUGAGAGAAAAGUAUUUCAGGGGUAUGUGGAUCUUCUCGGUGAGAGAGUCUGGAGUCACACUAUAGUGCUCUUCACUCAUGGAGACUUUCUAGGAGACACAUCUAUAGAGCAACACAUUGAGAGUGAAGGAGAGGAUCUCCAGUGGCUGGUGGAGAAAUGUGGGAACAGAUAUCAUGUUCUCAACAAUAAGAACAGAAGUGAUGACACUCAGAUCAAAGAUCUGCUGGAGAAGAUACAAGAGACAGUGACACAAAACAACGUCUGCCAUUUUAACACAGAAAAGUUUUUACAUGACCUGAAACAGACAAGGAAUGCAGAGACACAGACUCGAAAAGAACAAAUGAGGAUGAUGCAGAAAUCAAAAGAUUUUGAAAGAUUACGGAUGAUGACGAGUGACACUGAGAAGCUCUCAGACUUGAGGAUUGUGUUAUUGGGUGGUAAAGGAGCUGGAAAGAGUUCAGCAGGAAACAUCAUCCUGAACAGAGAAGAGUUUGACCUGAAGACAACUGCUCAGUGUGUGAAGAGACAGAGAGAAGUAGCAGACAGACACAUCACUGUCAUAGAAGCUCCAGGAUGGUGGAUUAAUGUUCCUGUAGAGAAGAGCUCUGAGUUACUGAAACAAGAGAUUUUACUCAGUGUGACUCUGUGUCCUCCAGGACCUCAUGUUGUUCUACUGGCUAUACGUGUGGGCACUGGAUUUAAAGAGGAUGAGAGAAAAGUAUUUCAGGGGUAUAUGGAUCUUCUCAGUGAGAGAGUCUGGAGUCACACUAUAGUGCUCUUCACUCAUGGAGACUUUCUAGGAGACACAUCUAUAGAGCAACACAUUGAGAGUGAAGGAGAGGAUCUCCAGUGGCUGGUGGAGAAAUGUGGGAACAGAUAUCAUGUUCUCAACAAUAAGAACAGAAGUGAUGACACUCAGAUCAAAGAUCUGCUGGAGAAGAUAGAAGAGACAGUGACACAAAACAAUGGCUGCCAUUUUAACACAGAAAAGUUUUUACAGGACCUGAAACAGAGAAGUAAAGCAGAGAAACAGACUCGAAAAGAACAAAUGAGGAUGAUGCAGAAAUCAGAGACAGUGAAACAAAUCAACGGCUGUAAUUUUGUAAUAGACAGAAAGAUUUUACAUUCAAUUGGAGAGAGAAGAGCAGUGGAAGAGAGAGCAAAAGAACAAAGGAAGAAAAUUAAGGACACAAAUUUAGAUUACAGAGGACAUCAUUCACAUUACAUGGAACAGGCUCGGCAGGAGGUCAGAAGAUCGACUCAGAGUACGUGUGCUCCAAUGAAUCGAGGACAUCAUUCACAUUACAUGGAACAGGCUCGGCAUGAGGACAGAAGAUCGACUCAGAUUACUGGAAACGAGAAGAUCAGUACAAGUAGUCUGAUGAAACAAUCUGACUGGUUUUACAAAUCACGAUUUAAGGCUGACAGUGGAUCAGUCUCAUCACUUAGCUCAGGAUAUGGAUCAUCAUGCUCCCUUUCACAGACUGUGGAAUAUUUGAAAAAUAAGUAUGGAGAUCCAAAUUACCUUUAGGCAAACAGUGUUGAAACAAUACAUAUACAUUUUUGAAUUUUGCGGACUAUAAUAUCAAAGGGACUUACAUUGCAUUAUACUAUAAAUUGAUUCUAAGUAAGUGCAAACCCCGUGGAACGAACCCACGACCUUGGUGAGCUCUAACCAAUGAGCUACAGGGAAGAUACAGACACAGAACUCACCCUUAUAAAUAAGAUGGAUGCUGGCCAAAAAGCAGAUUUUGUAACAAAAUUGAAUAGUACACCUUGACUACCACAAACAUAGAUUGAGACAGCCUGGACAAAGGGUUGAAGACAAAGAGCAUGAGUCAAAACGUGAUGUGAUGCGAGUCCCUUAAUCUCAAAACUUAUUUUGUAACAUUAUUUUAUUUUAUUAUUAUAAAUACAUUGAGAUUAAAUGCUAGCAUAUAUGUGACAAUUAAAAUUCUAAGGUCCUGUUGCAAGAACAAAUGAUAAGGUAAACGUGUCUGAACAAAUUUUAUGUCAGCCUGAGAAAGCCUAUAGUCAAAAAAUAUAUAUAGUAUACAGUAUGUAUUACUCUAAAUAUGUUUUGUUUCUUAAUAUUUUUAUUGUUUGUAAAUUGAGAGUGAGAAAGAAUGGAUGAAUAGGACAUGACUUGUAAACUACUUUGCAGGAUGUAAUCAACAAUGGCCCAUAAGCACUUUCUAUUUCAGUUUUUUAAACACUGCUUAAAUGUAGACCUACAAACCUUUAGAACUAAAUAUCUUUGAUAUGUAAGGUUAAAACAUUUUUUUCAGUUUUGUUUCAAGGUGUAAGUGUGUUCCUGUUCAAAAUCAAAUAUUAUAAUCAUCUAUCUUUUUGUGAUAAUUUUAUGCAGUUUUCAGAGAAUUGUUUUACAAAUAUUUGAAGUUGCGAUUUUCUGUACCAAGGAUGUAAUUUCGACAGUCAAGAACAAUGUCUCUCUUUUCUGAUUCAUUAAUUUUAAUAAAUAUCUAACCUAAUGAGCUGA